AGAGCAGAGAGCAGUAGCAGCUGACAGUGAGAGUAGCUUAGCUAGUAAUGGCAGCUGCCGCCAUGAAGGGGAAGCUCGCGGUGGCGGUGACAUGCGCGCUGCUCCUCGCGUCGGCGUGCCAUGGCCUGGAGCUGGGCUACUACAAGAAGUCGUGCCCUCGCGUGGAGGCCAUCGUCAGGGACGCGGUCAAGAAGUUCGUCUACAAGGACGCCGGCAUCGGCGCCGGCCUCAUCCGCCUCGUCUUCCACGACUGCUUCGUCGAGGGAUGUGAUGCAUCGGUGCUGCUGGACCCAACUCCGGCGAACCCCAAGCCGGAGAAGCUCAGCCCGCCCAACAUGCCUAGCCUCCGUGGCUUCGAGGUCAUUGACGCCGCCAAGGACGCCGUCGAGAGGGCCUGCCCCGGCGUGGUCUCGUGCGCCGACAUCGUCGCCUUCGCCGCCCGCGACGCCGCCUACUUCCUCAGCAGGAUGAGGGUCAAGAUCAACGUGCCAGGUGGGCGCCUCGACGGCCGCCGCUCGCUCGACUCCGACGCGCUCAACAACCUGCCACCGCCGUCCUUUACCGUCAGCCAGCUCAUCGCAGCCUUCGCCACCAAGGGCCUCGACGCCGAGGACAUGGUGGUGCUCUCCGGCGCCCACACCGUCGGCCGCUCCCACUGCUCCUCCUUCGUCUCCGACCGCCUCGCCGCCCCCUCCGACAUCAACGGCGGCUUCGCCAACUUCCUCAAGCAAAGGUGCCCGGCCAACCCGAGCUCCAGCAACGACCCGACCGUGAACCAGGACGUGGUCACCCCCAACGCGUUCGACAACCAGUACUACAAGAACGUCCUGUCGCACAAGGUGCUGUUCACGUCGGACGCGGCGCUGCUGACCUCGCCGGCGACGGCGAAGAUGGUGUCGGACAACGCCAACAUCCCCGGGUGGUGGGAGGACAAGUUCGCCAAGGCGUUCGUCAAGAUGGCGUCCAUCGAGGUGAAGACCGGAUACCAGGGCGAGAUCAGGAGGCACUGCAGGGUGGUCAACUAAUAUGGUCAAAUUAAUCAACGUGUGUUAAUCAUUUCCACUCAAUUUUUUUUCACAGCUACCUUCAUUUUUCGUAUUUAUUCAUUCUUUUAUCUACUAUAUUAUGUCUUUCUUAUCAUGUGUUCUACAAUGUAAUUGUGUAAUAUGACACUGUAUCGAUCACGUCGUGAUAACAUUGGGAAAC